UUGUGUGAAUUUUCUUUGAGUGCGUCUUUCUUCACAAAAAAAGAAAAUUUACAUUUCCCUUAAAAAAAUCGUGAAAAACAUAUAAAAUACUAAAAAAAUUAAUAAAAUAUAAAUAGAUUUCAAAUAUUUCUGCGGUCUAGCAAAAGCAAAGAAACCCCAAUGUUAAGAUGGGUGACAAGAAAAUCGUACAGGAUUACACCUUGGUGUGUCGGACAUGUCUGCAAGGAAAUGUGGAAUUGCUAAAUUUAAGCGCGCUUAUCAGUGAUAAUAUACAUGAGGAAAAUGCAAAAAUUUCUUAUUUGGAAUGUUUAAAAAUGUGCAUACAACUAGAGGAGACGCUGGACAUAGAAAUGCCGCAAAAAAUUUGUUUAGAAUGUGCUUCGGCCUUGCAAGUUGCCUAUUGGUUCAUGAAAAAUGCCAGUCAAGCCCAGGAGCUAUUGAAAUUGAAGUUGAGGGAAAUCAAACGUAAAAAACAGCAAAUUGAAAUGGAGUUAGCGGCAGAAGAAGUUAAAAAACCUAAACGUUAUCGUUGUAAAAUUUGCAAUGUAAAAGUGGAAACUAAAAGAUCCCUUAAAGACCAUGUUAAAUUACAUUUAGAUAUUAUUGUUUACAACUGUCAAAUGUGUUCCUUUGAAAGUCAUAAUCGCAAUGGCUUGGCCGAACAUUAUAUACAAGUUCAUGGUAUAGAAGCAACAAAGGAACAACUGAAACCUAAAACCAAGACAUCAGCCACAUCCUCCACCUCCUCCCAUAUAGCCUCUUCAACAGCCAUUAAUUGUUAUCAGGAACAAAUGAUGGGUGCCAUGAAAAAUGAACAUUUUCAAUUAUUACCAGAAGAUACAGAACAACAACAACAACAAACUUCUUAUGAAACUUUUAACACAAAUACCACCUGCGACACAGGAUCAUUACAAAUGUCGACAAUUCUAACAACAUCUCAACAGAAUUUUAAUACUUUUAAUGCUUUAGUGAGUGACCAGCUUAGCAAUAUUACAAAUACUACUGAUCUGGGCAUAGCCAAUGAAUUUAUGGUAAUGCCUGAUGGCAGUUUAGAAAAAGUUAUGAACAAAGGCGUUGUUAUAGAAUAUAUAAAUACACCUAAUAAUGCAUCAAAUAUAACUUUGGAUAAUGGUUUAGUUUUAGACAAUAUAAUACAAAUGCAAAAUAUAGAUAAUUCAGUUAUAAUGGAACCUCAAAAUGAUAUUGGCCAAAUGGAUGUGGAUGAUUUGAUUAUAGAAGAUCCAGGUGAAGUGUUAGAAGAAGCACCGGAACCCAUCCCUCCCCCUCUUGAAGAGGAUAUAAUACCAGUCACCAUUAUAGAGCAGCCUAAAAAGAUUAUUUGUAAAAUUUGUACCAAAGACUUUACAACACAAGAACAAUUAAAAAAUCACAUGUUAACGCACAAUGAAAUUCCCCACUUCUUUUGCGAUCAGUGUAAAUUCUAUACAUUUUUCAAAAUCGAUUUACAUCAACACUAUAAAAGCAAACAUAAUUUACAACCGACCAAUAAACAAUUGCAACCUAAAAACAAACAGAAAAAUCCAAAUGAAUUCUAUGCCUGUGAUUUGUGCUUUUAUGAAGCGGACAAUAAGACGGAUAUGAAAACACAUUAUAAAGUUAAGCAUAAUAUUGAAGCAAAUGAUAUUCAUUUAAAACCGACCAAAGUGGAAAAACUCAAUUCCAAAUUGUCACCUUUAACGGCUAAGGCAAAAGCUGCUGCCAUUGUAAGCAAAGCCACCACCACAGCAACAACAUCUAAAAAUUUUAAAAUACGUAUAAAUGAAGAAACAACUCCCGAUUAUCCUAAUGGCUUAAAUUGUCGCAAAUGUCAUGAGGUAUUCUAUUGGCGUAAUAAACUAUACGAACAUUAUAAGUUGCAUAAUGCCGAAGAAUCGGCUCUCAAGCAAGAAAAACAAUAUAUAAAAGUGCAAAAUAAGCCUACAACAGCAAAUCUAUAUCAAAACAAGACAAAAAGCUCUCCCAAAACACAAGCCAUACAAACGCCAUCGGUAACAACGUCUGUUAUGGAAACCAACCAAUCUCCCUCCUACUCCAGCUUAGAUUCAUUAACAGCCUUAAAUGUCUCAACACCUAAUAAUACAACACUUAAUGCUAUAGCUCCUUUAACACCUUCCUCCAGUUCAACUUAUACCUUGCCUUCGGAUGCCAUACCACAAAUAGUGGAAACAGAACAAACUAUUGAAAAUGAUAUGGAUUUUGAUUUUAAUGGUGAUGAUGAUGCCUUGUUUGGUGACUUUGAUGAUGAUGUUGAUGUCGAAAAUGAUUCCGAUGAUAAUGAUACAGAAUUUCGUAAUGUUUUACUAACAUCCGAUGAUGAUUUUGAUGAUAUGUUACAGGAACAAAAUAGCCUAAACAGUGGACUAAGUACAAUGCCAUCUAAUACUUCUCAAUCAUAUUGUUCACACUGUCAAAAGUCUUUCUUAAGUCAAUAUCAAUUUGAAAAUCAUAUGUUUGUGCAUAGAGGGCUGGCUCCUUAUCGUUGUGAAAUGUGUACAAAUCUUUACAAUACAAAACGUUGUUUGAUACGUCACUAUAAAGCGGUACAUAAAAGUGUACCUACUCGUGAUAUGAUUCAAGCUAAAGGUGAUAAGGUAUGUGAGGAUAAAACUCCAGUGGAGCAUUUAAAACUAGAAGAAUCUACUUCUUUGAUGUGUGCUAAAUGUCCCUUUGAAUCAGCAGAAUUAGCAGAAAUCAAAUUUCAUUUAAAUUCUAGUCAUAAUAUAAGUGAUGAUUCAUAUAUAAUGAAAAAACUUCCCUACGAAUGUCCACGUUGUAUACGUUCGUUUGCAAGUAAAGCAAAAAUUUUAAGACAUUUACAACGUAAUCACAGUUCAAUACCCAUUAAUCAAAAUCAAAUACGUUUCGAAAAUAACGACAAUACAAUCUCAACAAUGGCAAUAGCAGCAACUGCAACAAGCACAACUUCUGCCAUCAUAACUAAUCAGGCAAAUAUGAUGAAUACUACUGAAACUACAGAAACAAACGCAAGUUGCGGAUUCAGUGACGUUUUCAUUAAACAAGAAACUGAACCACAGCAGCAGCAACAACAACAACAGCAACAGUACACCUUUACAGACAACAAAUUGUCAAUUGAAAAUGCCAUAACAUCCAAUAUUUUUAUGGCCAACUACCAAGACACCAACAGCUCAACAACAUCUCUGGCUUAUAAUGAAACCUUUAACAACAGCAUCGAUAACUCACCCAUUAACCAGCACUUGCCAGCAAGCUCCCUUUACACGGCCUCCCCAAGCACCCUAGACAUUAAGCAGGAGGAAGAGGAGAAAGAGGAGUCUAAGUUUAAUCAACUUUUAUAUAAAUGUAAAAUAUGCUUUACAAAUUGUUAUAAUCUUGAAACAUUUAAUGAACAUAGCAAACGUUUAGACUGUCGUAAAUUAAGUCUCACUGGUCCUGGUGACAGAAUGCUAUUCGAGUGUGAAAUAUGUCAUUGUAAUUAUAAAACCAUGUAUUUAUUGAAACAUCAUUUAAAACGUCAUAUAGGUAGAAAAUUCCUUUGCACCAAUUGUCCCAAAACAUUUAUAAAUAAAAUAGAAUUAGAGGCCCACAAACAUGUGCACAGCGGUGAGAGGCCACACAAAUGUGAUGCCUGUACAAAAUCAUUUCGUUAUAUUCAUCACCUAAAGCGUCACAAAGAUAGUGUACAUUUUGGUAAACGACAUGUCUGUACCAUGCCGAAUUGUGGUCGUAAAUUUACUACUUUAGCUCAACUUAAAGUUCAUAUAUGGACUCAUAAUGGCAUAGUACCCUAUAAGUGUCCAUUUUGUCAACGUUUAUUUAAAAAGAGAUUACUUCUACGUGAGCAUUGUUUAAAAACACACAAUGUUAAUUUGAGUGAAGAAGAAAUGGCUGAAAUAUUUCGCAAUAGUUUGGGUUAUACAAAUCCUCAUGAUUUUACGGUGACCAUUGGUAAUGGCAAAAUGUUACGGCGUGGUGAUUUAGAAACUAUGGGUGCUUCUGGCGUUAUUAAAUCAUCAUUUAAGUAGUUAUUAAAUAAAAAAAAAACAUCAUCUUAAUUGUAUAAACGUGUAUGUGUAUUGUUUAUAUAUUAAUUUUAAAUGAAAAUAAUUCGAAUACUUGAUCUCUUAAGUUAUUUUAAAGAAAUGUAUAUAAAAAAGUAUAUACAUACAUAUAUGUAUAAAUAAAACAUAAUAAAUACAUAAUAUUUAACGUUAAUUUUUUUUUAUAAAAAUUUAUAAUGUAAAUUUUGUAACCACUUUAAGACAGAAAAUCAAAAUAUAUUAAAAAUAUUAAAUUGAUUUUUAAUGUAGAUUAACUUUUAACGGCCUUAUUCAUAAUAAAAUUUUAAAAGUUUAAAAACUAA